AUGACUUUCACUCAAUUAGAGGACAUGGAAAAGUUAUUAAUUACAAUUGUAAUUAUACAAAAUUCUAAAGACAUGAAAGAUUUUAAUCGCGAACUCUUAAGAAUUAAUGCAGAUACAUGUAAACUAUUCCAAGGCACGUUCAAAAAUUAUAUUGUACGCAACAUUUUCAGAGAUAUUAGAGAAGUUUCCAACGUAAAAUUUUCAUGUCCUCAACCAAAAGGUUCAUUCUACAUCAGUGAACUUAUAUUGCCUGGUUCUAUACCGUUUAUCGAUAAAUUUCUAAAGUACGCUUUAGAAGGAGAAUUUGAAUUAACUUUGCAGUUUCGAGCAAAACCAUUCAAAAAGAAAUUGACUGACGGUGUUUCCGUGAAACUUUAUGGAAUUUAUACAUUUGAAUGA